AUGUACCAACCAAAAGGUGGUAAGAGAAUAAAGGUGUCAGAUACAGGGGCAUUUACUUCUUCUUCCAAUGCAGACAUCAGUGAUGAUGAAGUACGUGAAGUGCGUCCUACUGGCCAAAAGGCAGCAAAGAGAAAAGGGAAUGAAAAAAAAGACACACAUGCUAGAUUUAUAGAGAUUAGUGAACGGAAAGUAUCUGCAUUGGAGAAAUUGGUGGCGAUAAAGAAGAAAGAGGCAGAAGAUAAUAGGAUGACAAAAUACAUGGAUUAUCUCAUCAUGGACACGUCGCAUAUGACUCAUGAACAAAAGAAAGAUCAUGAAAACUUGUUCGGUAGAAGGGGGCUUUUGCCAUUACAAAAGUGCACCGCUGCUAUGCGAAUGUUGGCAUAUGGAGCGCCUGCCGAUUAUGUUGAUGAGUAUGUUCGAAUUGGUGAAACUACUGCUAUUGAAUGUCUAGUCAAUUUCGUUCGAGGAGUGAAUGAUAUUUUUGGGACCGAAUAUUUAAGUCGGCCCAAUGCUGGGGACAUUUGUCGCUUACUUCAAAUAGGGGAGGUGCGUGGUUUUCCAAGCAUGUUGGGAAGCAUUGAUUGUAUGCACUGGGAAUGGAAAAAUUGCCCAGUUGCAUGGAAAGGACAAUUCACGCGAGGUGAUCAUGGUAGGCCAACAAUCAUGUUCGAAGCAGUUGCAUCACAAGAUCUCUGGAUAUGGCAUGCAUUUUUUGGUGUUCCGGGAUCCAAUAAUGAUCUGAACGUGUUAAAUCAAUCCCCAUUAUUCACUGAAAUCUUACAAGGGCAAGCUCCAAGAGUUGAGUUUACAAUAAAUGGCACACAAUACAGCAGGGGUACUAUCUAG